CCUCAACAUGAAGGUUAAAAUUUUACAAAUAUUUUUGGCUUCGGCCUUACUUUUGGUUGCCGUCCAGGGCCGUUUUAUUCAGGAGGAUGAGCUCUUGGAGAAAAUGCCUUCACAGUUCAUGGAACCGAGAGUUUAUAUGCCUGAAGAUAUCGAAACCUAUGCCGAGGAAAUUAAUAAGCCCGAAUUUGAUUUAGUUGAAAACGAACAAGUUGAACUACCUGUUGAAGUUCCAGUUGAAUCAGAAGUUGAAAUUGAACCACGCAGUGGUGGUUGUUCCAUACCCAUUCGCGGUGGUCUUAAGGCUAAACAACCCUUGUAUAUCAAACCUGGCACUACUGAAUUCUACCCUUUUUCUGAUACUGGAAGAAUUGAUGUGGCUGCUGGCAAGAAUAUUGAGAUCCAUUGUACCAGUGGCUUUGCUCAUCCUUUAUCAGGCAAGACCCAUAUCGCUACCUGUGUUAGUGGCACUACUUUUAAAGUCAAUGGUGUUCAGCACUCCCUGCCCAGUCUUGUUUGCACCAGUUGGCCUGCUUUUGUAGCUAAGAAGUCGGGCAGCAGCUGCAAUGGUGGCACUACUCUCGUCAAUGUUGGUUUUGAAUUGUCAUCUUCCCGUUUCAUGAGACAAUACCAGGUCUGCUUUAACGAACAUGAGGAAGUAACCCGCUAUGUCUACCACAAAUUAUUCCCUGGCAGCAAUUACUAUGAAACUGGUGUAGAACGCCUUAACUUUGCUACAGCCGGCUUCUUUGGCGGUAAAAAUGUGGAUAAUCUUUACACUCAGGCUAAGCAAAAAGAAACCAUAGAUCGUGAAUUGGGCUACAACGCUGAGAAGUAUUUCAAUAACCAAAAGAAUAUUUUCUUGGCUCGUGGUCAUAUGGCUGCCAAGGCUGAUUUCGUGUAUGCCUCCGAACAACGUGCCACUUUCUUGUUCCUUAAUACUGCUCCUCAGUGGCAGGUGUUUAAUGCCGGCAACUGGGCUCGUGUUGAGGAUGGUGUUCGCGCCUGGGUUACCAAACACAAGAAGACUGUUGAAUGCUGGACUGGUGUCUACGGUGUGACCACUCUGCCCAAUAAGCAUGGUGUACAAACUCAUUUGUACUUGUCUUAUGAUGCCAAUCACAAUGGUCUUAUUCCUGUACCUAAAUUGUACUUUAGAGUAGUUAUUGAACCCUCUACUCGUAAGGGCAUUGUAUUCAUUGGUGUUAAUAAUCCUCAUUUAACAUUGGCUGAGAUUAAGAAAGACUAUAUUAUUUGUCCCGAUAUUAGUGAUAAGGUUUCUUAUAUACCUUGGAAGAAGACUGAUAUUGUGGCCGGUUAUUCAUAUGCUUGUGAGGUGGCCGAAUUCCGUAAGAAGGUCACUACCUUGCCUUCAUUCUCGGUUAGCGGUCUGUUGGUUUAAAUAGGCUUUUGCCUCACUUUUUUGAAAAUCUUACACAUAUUGACCGUUUUUAGGUUAUUAUUUUAAUAAAAUGAAAUGUUUUGAAUUCUUUAUUAUU